UGACGUAGACGGAAUGGACUGAGAACCUGCUUAGCUGGAGGGAGUGGGUGUCGACCACUAAGGAGGCACCCGGAAGACACAUUUCUCGGACGAGGUGCAGAUGGCUGGCGUAACGCUCGGAAGGGCUUGGCAGCAGAUGUCUUGGUUCUAUUACCAAUAUCUGCUCGUCACCGCGCUUUACAUGCUGGAACCCUGGGAGAGGACUGUCUUCAAUUCCAUGUUGAUUUCCAUAGUUGGAAUGGCAUUAUACACUGGAUACAUCUUCAUGCCUCAACAUAUCUUGGCAAUAUUACACUACUUUGAAAUUGUACAGUGAUCACGAUGUGCUCAAGAAGCAACAGACCAUUGAAAAAAAGAUCCAUUGAAGGGAAGAAGCAACGUCCCUUGGUGAAAUGAGACUUCAGCAGAUUCCAGAAUAUGUUAUGAAUAUAAAGACUAAAUUCCAUAUUAGUAGGAUAAGGAAGGGAUCCCAACUCACAUGUUGUGUUCAUUAUUCAAGUAUUCCCUUAUAUAAUAGUUUUGUCUAUUUUCACAUUGUGGUUGUUUGUACUCUAAAUAUCAGUAUUUUCUUAACCUUUGGAACUGUUUCACUAUUGUUCUCUGAAAGCUUUUCUUAACGUAACAUUGAGUAAAUUUUGAUUGCCUUCUAUUUUUUAAUCUGAGAUAAUUAGUUAGACCUCUUGCUUUGGCAAUUGUCUGGCACAAAAAUCUACCUGGAUAUAUUUAUAAGUAUUGACCAAAAUUUUGUAGAAAUAAUAAGAUGAAGGGGCAAUAUUUUCAUUGAACAUAAGAGACUUCUUUAUAAGUUUAUACUCGAGUAGUUUCAGUUGUCUAGAUUGUACUCACUGUAAAACAUUUAUUUUACUUUAAUUUUACUAAAAGACAAAAUAUUUCUCCCCUUAAUCGUGAAGCAGCAAAGAAAAUCCUUCUGCAGAAAUACCUAACCUUUUAAUUCUUAGCCCUGUUUUAUGGAUUUUUUAUGACCAAAAAAAAGUUCUAUGAUAAAAUGCUUGGAGAAGUAAUGCAGCAUUAUUAUGGAAUGCUGACCUCAAAUGAUAGUUGUAUUAAGUUGAUAGCAAAAGGUUUCCCUAAAUGGUAUGGUAUGUAUUUGAAUUUCAAGAUUGUAGCUGGUGUUGGAAAAAAAUGGGUAUAUUAUUGUUCACAGUUAAUAAUUGGUAAAACUAAUCCAAGGGGCUUUACAGACUUGUUAAAAACAACAUUUCACACUUUGUGAUGUGUGUAUGUUAUGUGUGUUGUUAAAAAUUUUUAUUUCCAAAAUACAAUUUUUCUUUGGUAAAGGCUGAUUAUCAGAAUUGAAAAUCAACUGAUGGGAAAACUUCUUUGUUUAAGAUUAAUAUUAUUCUUAAAUUUAAUCUCAUGCAUAUUUUUCAUUCUAAUUUUAUUGCUACUAAAGAUUAAUCAUUUUAACUGAUUAGUUUUCAGUCUUUCCCCACAUUAUAGAAUUGAUAAACUUUAAGGAGUAAUUCAAUCAUUAAUAAGCAUUUAUCGAGCAAUUUUUGUGUGGCAAACACUGGGCCAAGUACAAAGACAAAAAGAAAGCCAAUUUCAUAAAAUUGAGAUAUAAUCCAACUCUUACUUUACAAAUGAAGAAAGGACUUUUCCAAGGUCAUACAACCAAAUUGACAGUAGAGCCUGGAUUAAAACCUAGGAUUCUGACUAUCAGGGUACAUUUAAAAUUGUGUAGCAGUAAAAAGAUGAAGAGGGAAUAUUUAAUUGAACUUUUUUGUAAAUUUAUACUCAGGAGUAGUUUUAGCUGUCUAAGCUCUGCUCAUUAUGAAAUAUUUAUUUUGGAUCAUAGAAUUUAAAGUUGGUAGGGACCUUCCAGAUGCACCACUCAUUUCCAUUUCCUUCAUUAUACAGCUGAAACUGAGGCCUAGAAUAGUUAAGUGACUCCCCUGAAGGCACAAAAGCAUUUCUUUCUUUCUUUUUUUUUUAAUUUUAGUGAGGCAAUUGGGGUUAAAUGACUUGCCCAGGGUCACACAGCUAGUAAGUUUUAAGUGUCUGAGGCCAGAUUUGAACUCAGGUCCUCCUGACUCCAGGGCCAGUGCUCUAUCCACUGCACCACCUAGCUGCCCUACAAAAGCAUUUCUAAUCCCAUAUUUGGGGUAAACCAGGAAAUCUGAAUUAGAAUCAGAAAAACAUAAGGAAGCAAUCUAUAAGCUUGAUACUACUUGUGUGGUUAUGGAUGAGUUGAUAAACCUCUGAAUUAGACUAAUACUACUUUUAUCUACCUCAGAGUAGAAGACAUUUGUAAACUUUAAGGUGUUUUUAAAAUAUGAAGAGGAGUUUGUUAUGUUUAUAACACAAUUGAGCUAGAAAAAAACAUCUAAAACAGUUCCAUGAAUCAAUUUAAGGGGUUCAGUUAACUCAGAUGAGGGAAAAGAAUUUAUUUUCACUAGCCUCUACCUGGAAUUUGACAUUUUCUUUGAUUAUGAAUAUUAAAAAAAUAACUCGGGGCAGCUAGGUGGUGCAGUGGAUAGAGCGUCGGCCCUGGAUUCAGA